AUGGAGCCUGCAACUUCACAGUCCCAGGUCAAGGCCACUUGUGACAACGUCGAGUUGGACAUCAUACCUAAUGACCUCAAAGAUGAAUACGAGAUUUGCGUGACCCCUGUCAAGAGAGAAGAGGCUGGGGGCUGCGCAAGCCCAAAUGACCCCUUCAGCACCGACGCGCAUGCGGACGACAAUCCACACAUGUGGACAUCCACACGCAGCAUCCCUCAUGAACACUACCAAGAGCCCGUGCUAUUCAGCACAAUCUUGAACAUGAUUCGAUAUUCCGGUAAACCGAACCACCCACGGAUCAUGCGUCGCCUAUCUAAACUGGAGUUUGCAAGACAGGCAAUUUGGUCCGAUCAAGUGGCAUCCCGCAUUGUCGGCGAAAGAAUAUCAGCCCGCGAACGAGAGGCCUCGGCAAAUUGGCUCUUUCCACCUGAGUCGGAUACCCCUGAGUUUCUUCGGCACUUGAUGGACGAUGUGUGGGGUGAAAGUCCACGCCGUGCAGCGAUUUACGAUGCCCUGCAUUACUGGAACAACGUCGAUUACCUCAGAGAACGCAUUGAGAACCUAGAGGACCGGCAAACGACAGAGGCAAAAGGUUAUCGUGGGUUGAUUGAGCAUUUCGGCUCCCCUCCAACUAUCCGUGAUUGA